UCGGUUACGUCUCGUGUGUGGAGGAGUGUCUUAUUUCUCUCUCUCUCUCUCUCUCUCUGAGCCUUCUCUAACUCUCAGUCAUCACAUCCUAUGCCUAGCGCCAUGAGUGAAGAAACUUCGAACGAUUCGGAAGGAGACUAUGACGAGUCCUGCGAAGGAGCGGAGGAGUUUUUCGGUGAUGAUCCUGGGAUAUUCGAGGAGAGCUUGAUCGUAUCCUUUGCUGAAGAAAUUGAAAACGCAGGAGGGGCUGUGAGCGCCGCUGGAGAGGAGGCCAUCCGUUCGCUCCUGGCCUCCCUGAGGGAGUCGAUGAAGGCCGAUGGGGCCGGCGGUGGCGGGAACAAGGCCGGCGUCAGCCCCCUGGACCCUCUGGCGGUGGAGACCCAGGUCAUCACCCACCAUCAUCCGGCCCUCAACAUCACCGUCAGACUCACUGGAAUGGGGCUCACGGGCCUGUCCGACUUCAUGAUAGAUGAUGUGAGGGUGAACGUCCAAUUACUGACGAUUGUUGUCAGUCUGUCGUACGAUACGCUGCUCCUGGAUGGAGAAUACGAACUUCAUGGGAAGUUGGUGAAGGUCAUUCCCCUCUCGGCUCGAGGGCCCUUCACUGUCACUACCAACAACUCUCAGGUUACUCUUCGAGCAAGAUUAAAGGAAUGUCGAGGUCGCCUGGAGGUGAGGGAGCUCAACAGCGAUUUGAUUUUGGAGGGCGUUCGUUGCAGGCUGAGUCAGAUGACGGGUGGUGCCCUUGUGAGCAAAGUCCUCAACUCCCUCUUGACUGAUCUGUUGAGGAGAGAAAGGCAUCGACUGGCCCAGGACCUCAGUGCAGUUUUGAAGACACUCCUGAACAAUGAGCUCAAGAACUUCAACCUUGGUGUAUCCCUCCAGCUUCUUCGGACCAGUGACAAGUACAUGCGUAGGGGUUCAUUGUACUAGUCAUUGGCUUGGCAUGAAGUUUUAUUUUCAUCAUUUAAAUUACAGUUAUCAUCAUUAUUACAUUUGCUUGCUUUUUAGAAGUAAGAUGGUUUAUUUUCACUUACAUUUAUUUUUUUGUGAUCCAGGGUAGAACAGUCUACCAGACUCCCUAGAAUGGCAAAUGAAAUAUAGCUACUCAGUCAUAUCUUCAUCAGGAAGCAGUUUCUGGAAUCAUGCCUUGUAAAGGAUUGAAGAAGACUAACAUAAUUCAUUCUAAUAAAUGCACUGCCUGAAGUUGGAAAUGCAUGCCAAUAUAUUUGCUACCUUAGAAGAGAUUCUUGAUGACCUUAACAGAGAUUCUGUUUGAGUUGCAUAUGGCCUUGUAUACAGCAUCAAACACCAGGAACCACGAAAGUCUUUUCCAAAGCUUGUUGCGAUGCGAAGUUACGAGUAUAUUGAAUGAUCAUGGCAAGUGUUCAUUGAACCGUAUCCUGUGUAAUGAUCAAAAAUGAAAACGAGAGAUACUGUGUGCGUGCCAAAUUACACCCACUGAUAGGGCCAAGUCAGUUGCCAAAUCAAUGUUGUGAAUCUUUUUGCACUUGAGUGAAUGUGCCGUUUAUGCCGUUAUGUACUGCGUUGAUCACCAAAAAGACUUUAUUGCGCCAAUAUCGUGUGAAGAGUUUUGAGUCUCUUAAGCAUAUGAAGUUUGCAUGCUGCAUGAAGUCACUUCAGAAUUCAUAGAGAUCGCCUUCCACCCGACAGAAAUCAUUAUCAAAUUGUGCCUCGUCAGCGAAUGUGUCAAAAGUACAUAGAAUCUUGAACAAAAUUCCAUGAAAUGUAAAAGCAUAUAUUGAAAGACUGAAAAUUUGUAAGUUUCAUUAUUGUCAUUUAUUUGUCGUUACUAGUAUAUGUACCCAGAUGAACAGCUGAGGUAAAGCGUAAUGGCAUUUUAGUGUAACAUGUAACAGAUAUUUACAUAACAUGUUCUUGGUAUUUCAUGCAUAAUUGCCAGUACAGUACAGCAACAUUGUUAGAACUCUUGGAUGAUUUUUUACAUUUUAAUUUCAUAAAUAGAUUGAAUUUCCGAGGUUAGUGUUGCCUAGUCUCGCUGGGAUUUUAUAUCUUAUAGUGAUAUUUAUUUCUUUCAGUUAAAAGGCUGUGAUAUGUCAAAUGUUACCAUAGCAUGCACAUACCUUACUCAUGCAUAUUAUUAGCAUAUACAGUAGGUAUGAACAGUAUUUAUAUGUGUGUGCAAAGACAAAGAUACAUUCAUAUAUAUAUGUAUAUAGUAUAUGUAGGAUACAUAGUAUAUGAAAAGAAUAUAUGUAUAGGCACACAUCCAUCGAAUAAGUCUCUCUAACUAGGUGCAGCACAUCCCUUAGCUAGUCAGAAAUAGUAUAUAUCUGUUCCCUUAUACAGUAUGUAUGCCACGUGAAUCAUGACAUUUGCUGUUUUCAUCUGUUUUCUGACUUACAUUUUGUUUGUAUUAAGCACUGCUAAGUAUAAAGUAGCUGCAAGAACCGGGGAAAUGGAAGCUUCGUUGAUCUUGAAAACUAUUGUUGAUCCUUAAUCAAAUGACAGAAGAAGGGAUUACACGUGUCACUUUUUUUUAAUAUUUAAUGCAGGAUACAGCAUCACAAAAUAUCCCAUAACGCUUUUUCAAAACCAAAAUAUUUUGUCUAAGGCACUUUCACUUUUCUUUGCGUUUAUGUAUGCCUUAUUCAUCAUAAAUUGCGAUGGCUAUACCUGAUUCAUGUAUAUGAUACAUAAAUCAUUGAGUACAGUAUAUAUGUAUAUGCAUAAUAGAUAUGUUGAACAUAUACUGAUGGUUGUGUUAACUUAUAAUUUUUAACUUUUCCCGUACCUUUCAUAUAUAACAUGAAUGAUGACUAAUAUUAGCCAUUAAGAAAUCUUAUCGGCCACAACGAUAAAUCUACAUUUUAAAUGCUGUAUGUUACCCUUCUUGGAAUCCCUUUUCUGAAAAUGCAUUCAGGUCUACAUAAUUUUUCCUCUCUGGCUCUGGCUGAAAAGACUUACUAUAAAAGGAAAAUAUUGCAAUGCAUUCAAUAACCCAUAAUACUUUUGGGCUUCUAUAUAAAAAUGAUCCCUAUAUAACUAUUUAUCUUCUGUAUAUGUAAGUAUGUACCUUGUGAUAGAUCUGGAAGGACUUACAUUUAAUAAGUUGAAAAAUUAGGUUGAUACCUUAGCACUCCUUCCCCAUUUGAAUCUGCUGACUAAAUAAGUUUUAUCGCCCUUGUUAUUCUGUUUUUAAAAGUCAAGUUGCAGAUUAAAAUUUUUUAUUAGAAAAUUCCAAUAUCAAGGUAUCAUUUUUAAUGAAUUUUGAUUCAACAUGCUUAAGUAGAGACUUAUCAUCAUUUUGCACACACAUGUACACGUAUUCUUUUUAUAUACUAUGUACUUUUAUACAUAAAUAUAUAUAUACAUAUAUAUAUAUAUAUAUAUAUAAUUGUAUAAAAUUUGCAUGUACAUUAGUUCUGUAUACAUAUAAAGUACAUACAUGUUAACUUGUUAUUAAUGGUUGUAGAUAUAAAACAAAUCUGUUGUUAUUAGAAUUACGUAUUAUAGUUUAUUGAGUAUUUCGAGUAUAAAUUGGUACUGUUGUAGAUUUCAAUUUGAUUACUGUUACUUGGACUACAGAGAUUUUAAGUUAAACUCUUAGUACAGUAUCUGAUUAGGUGUGUGUGUGUGUGUAAUCAAGUCGAUGUGGUAAUGAUUUCUAUUCCUUCAGUGAACACUGGCCAUUACUUUUUAUCUUAAAGUUUGAAAGAACACUAACAGGAGACCACUAGUUUGAACAAGUAGUACUUUUAAGGCAGGUAAGAAAUAUCCUAAAAAAUUUCAGCUCAUAUUAUUUCUCAGGAUUUCUGGAUGAGAUCAUGCUUGUCCACUCCUUAGAAGUCGCUCAUUCUCAAAUGCGAAAUGAAGACUAUUGUACUCACGAACUAAUUACAUGUGUCAUACUAAGCGGAUACCUCCAGGAUUUCAGGUAGGGAUUACACUGAAAAUUAGUUUCAGGGCCAAGAGGCACUGAAAAGAGCAGUGUGGGCUGUAGUGCCUUAAGUUGGAGAAACCAUAUGAGUUGGAGAAUCAUAACUGGUGGAGGUCUCGGAUGCUUUGGACUUAAAACCUCAUCAGUGAGUAAUGAUUUGCAUGUGUUAUUAUUAUAUGCCCAACAUUGUCAUCUGUCAUAUACAUUUCUGUAUUGUAUACUACUUUAUACAUGCAUAUGCAGUAAAUGAUGUGUAUAUAUACAUACACCAUCUGCCUCUUGAAGCUUUGGUCUUAAUACUUCUUCCUCUUAGGACAGGGUAGGGUAGCAACUAUGACAAUCCCUUUUCCACUCUUGCAUGAAGAACAUUGAGCUUAGAGCUACAAAUUGUUUUUAUUUUUUCAGGUUCACUCAUCACUUGAAGCAUGUAUGUGACUGACAGCAGUUAGUAGAAGAAAAGAAUAUUGCAUAGGACAUCCUUGCUCCAUAACAAUUCUAAUAGUACUAUAUCUUCAUCUCAACAGAUGAUUUACACAUAAUACAAAGCUUUAUGACAGAGAUAAUAGUCUUCAGCUUCAUUAAAUUGAAAAUCAAUAGGAAUUAAUAUAAACGUUACGGUUUAAUGCAGUUAUGAAAAAUAAAUUUUGCAUGUCUGUGAUUAUAUUAGAUACCCUAAAUGCAGCUGCAGGGUAUGUGAACUACAGUACUGUAUAUGAAUCAGGCUGAAUAUAUUAUUCUUCAUAUCUUCCACACAAACUUGAUUGGUUGCUAUCAUUCAAAACAAAGAUUUUUUGAUUUUCAUAUUGUUAUGUAUGAUUUUUUCCCUCCUGUUUUCUUCUUCUCUACUUCUAAACUUGUCUUUUUACCCAAUCAGUGAUGCUGUGUAGUGGCUCGUACAGGCUGCCGCCCACCGCUCCUUCCUUCUAAGCUCUUCUUCUUGCUUUUGUUUCUGCUGAGGUGAGAGAUCUUGAAUAUUAGAAUAAAAGCACUUUGGCCAAACCAAAGAAGCCGGAUGUGACUCACUAGAUUCUCGCCUUGUCUCCAAGUUGAUCUACAUCAAGGGUAAAAUGACCUUUAAUUAGUGAAACUCAACAAACUUUUGUUUUUUCUUAUCUGUCAAAUUAUAUAUAAAUUUUUCUGCAAUGAUCAGGAAAUACUUCAUGCUGAUGGUAAAUUACAGUACUUACCAGUCUAUAAACUAGUGAAAAAAAGCAAGGAUAUCAAGAAAAACUGUAAAUCAAUUAGUGUCUUAAGUGGAAAUGCUAAGAUAAAAUUUUUGGUAGACUUAAUGGGUGAAUGUGGACAUCAGACCUCAUUAUGUUCAACCAAAGAGGAGGAGGAGAAUUAAGGGUCAUUGUGGAACACUUAUUAUUCCUGUUCUUUCUACCAAGAUAUUGUGAAUGUUGUGUGAAACAAGUUUGAAACUUAGCAACACUUAUAACAUGUUCUCAUGUAAAGAACACUUCAUUCAACAACAUUGCUAUUGGUUGCAUGAUCAUGAUCAACAGGGUUUGGUCAAAUGGAUAUCAAGAACUGUAGUUGCUAAUUUUACAUUUGAACUAUUGGACCUCGUUCUUUUUCUUAACUUUCAAUGGAUUUGGUUUCAUGCUCUCUUUUGAAUGACAUCAGUAUUAUAAGUAACUAUUGUGCCUACUGGUUAAUUGAUAGUAAUCUAUUCAAUUGCAAGUACAAUCUCACAGUAUUCGAGUUUAAAGCACUAUUAUUAUUCUCAAGCUUAGAUGCAGUGCAAAUUUGAAUGUUACAUGUGUGAUUGUAGUUGUGUCUUAUUGUUUCUAUUUCCCUGAAUAAACUAGUAUCUACACUUUGUGACGUGGGUACCAGGGUUCUCACAUGUACUCAGAUAAGCCAUAUUCAAACCAUGAAACAUAUCCAUAUGAAUUAGGAUCGCGUACAAUUAAAUGUAAAUGUACACAGUAAAAAUGUGUAAAUAAAAAUAAAUACGAUUGUAGAAUAGAAUAAUAAUUUCAGUGUGAUGUCUUUAGCUCUAGUCUGUUGAGAUAAUGGUAUUGCUAGGCAUUAUCUGUGUGCAUUGGGAUUGUUUAAUGGACUACAGUUUUGGAUGAGCAGCCCGUCUCAACUCUGAAAAUUAUGGUAAGUUCAGAAUUUUCACUCAUUACAUUUUCCAUUGGCUAGUAGACAUCAGGUGAUCUGUUGCUGCAGGAGGCUUAAAUAAGACCCAAGGUUGUAGGGGCUUGAAGAGUGUCCAUUCUCAAACGACUCUUUUGAUAAGAGUCAUAGGGUACUCAGAAAUCUAUAGUGUACCUAAUUGUUAGUGGUAGUUAUAGAAAUUGGACUUAAGAUGAUUACAUGAGGAUAUAUUCCUUUACCCAUUUUUUAUUUGCUUGGCAUAUGUCAAUUGUUAGUAUUACCAACUGAUAGAAAGUAUUUGAUUGAUAUGUGAAAGGAAUAAUAUCAUUUGGAUUGAAGUUUUAAUGACAUAGGGUCCAAAUCUUGGUGUCUUUGCAUAAGAAUUUAGAUCCUGUUUACUAGGAGGAAUAGCAGUAGCUUUCAAGAAACAUGAAUUGUAUAGAAAUAAUGCUGUUAGUAGUGGCAGUCAGUGCCCUUACCUUUGAAAUGGCAUUCAUUGACUCAUAGGUAGACUGAAUGAUAAACGUCCAGUAAUGUUAUACUUUUGCCAAUGGUAUUUUAAAUCAAGUUGGAGGUUCCGAGGGCCUAAUCUGUAUCUGGUUCAGGGUAGAUGAUAAUGUUUUGCUCUUGUGGGUUAGAUAAUUAGUUUCUUAAACUAAUUGUGCAAUACAGUGCAGAAGACUUUUCCUUCUUUCAAAUGUGGCACAGUCAGUUUUGCUUAGAUAAUUUGUCAUCUGAUACAUAUCUUUUAUUGAAAUGACUUUCUGUGUUGUGUAUAUUUAUUAUUUGUAGAGGGUUAAAUAUAUUUAUUUUUCCAAAUGUUUCACCAAGAUGAUUUACAAAGUAUGAGCAACACCCAUAAAAGUUUGCACUGCACUAUAGUUAUUUUUAUUUUGUCUAAGUAUGGUGUCUGUGUUAUAAAUUUUAUUUGCAAUAUAUAUUCAGAUUGCUGGUGCAUUGCAGUUUGAUAAUCUGUUAGCAUUGUAUUCAUAAAAGACUCGAGGCUUAAAACCACUGUAACAAUAGAAGCCUCAUGGCACAGAGAAAUGAUUAUGAAAGCUACAUUGAUUUCCUGUCUUGAUAUGCAGCGACAUGUUUAUUGUAGUACUCAUCCCAGUAAUAAGAAAAAGAAGCUGGGUUCUUUCAUUUGAGGGAAAGAAAUUUCUACAGAAAGUGUAUAAGAGUUUUUGGUAUAAAAAUGUAAUGCUGCUGCUAUACAGUAUCAGAAAUAGUACCAUGUUAGAGUAGAUUCAAAGACUGACUAUGAUUUCAAGAUUGUAUCAAAUAAACAGACUUCUACAAGAGGAACAGGUCUGUCAUUUUCUGUGUAUUGGAUGUUGCUGUAGCUUUAGAGCCAUCAGUAUUACAUCCUAAUUGAUAAUUUACAUAUCUAAAUUGAUCAACAAUCACAAGGCAAAUCAGUGUAGAUAUCAUAACUUUUCUAAGGUUAGUUUACAGUCAUAUGAAUUUUCCAGAAAAUAAUUUUCAAUUUUACUUGUUAUCUUUUAUAUACCAUUUCUUUAUACUUUAUAAAGGGGUAGAAAACUUUGGUGUUCCACUGUCUUGAAUGAUCAUUAUAUAUACAGUAAGUUGCAGUGUAUUUGGUAUCUUUAACUGUAUUGCAUUAUCACUGCGUGUUUUGUACAUUUUUACUCCAAAAAAGUAAAAUCUCAAUAUACCAUGAGAGUCAGUUUUGCUCUAUUUUGUGAAUGGUGAGUACAUUUAUAAGUGAAGGAUGUAAAACUGGUCACUGUUGGAAUAGUAUAUACUGGAUUUUGAAUUGAAUUCUCACGUCAUAUGAAAGUUACACCAUCAGCUAAGUAGCGUACAAUAUAGAGAUGAAUCUGGAAAUCAUGUUGAAACUAUUUGCCAUGUCAUUGCUAUAUGAUGGUUUAGUAAAAGUGAUAGCCUGGUGAUAUAUAUAAGAGAAACUGCUAAUCUUGGCUGUAUGCAUAGAUCUGUUUAUUAACUUAUUUUCAUGUGCAUAAUGAAGUUGACUUUGAAUAUAAAGCUUACUCAUGUUUAAAGCAGGAUGGAAAUGUCUUGCACCAAACAAUCUGCAUUGUAGAUAGCAGAGGGUUAUGUGAGAGUAUGAUGAAGGUAUUGACCAUAUGUUGUCUGAAGUUAUGUAGAUUUAAUUGAUGCUUAUACUUAUUUUCAAGUAUCCUGUGGGAUAAUCUUACAAUAAUUUAUAAUUAAGAAAUAUAUGAAUGAAAAGUUUUAUGAUAUAUGAUAGUCUUCCAGUGUUCUUUCUGAUCUCAGCCUAGAUUCAUUAAGUGUUGUAUGCUGUUCUUUUGAAAAUCAGAAGGAUUAUGAAAAAUCUGGCUGUGAGAAGUUUUUGAGAAUGUCACAGUAUUAUAGUGGUACGCAAGUGUUCUUGCAGUAUGAAGUCUUGUGUUCAAAUUGUUACAAAUUCCAGUCUUACAAACUUGUGUUUAAAAUUACUGCAUUUCAUGAAUCUAGCCUAAGGUCUCUUGAGUCUUUGGCAUACUGGAAACCAAUUCACUUUCAUCACUGGACCUAUCUGGGAGAUUAUGGGUACUAUAAAGAUUGCCUCUUGUGCUGCAUUCUUAUUUUUAAUAUUUUUUUCUGUUGUUUGGACCUUGACAAGCUACUAUCAUGUUAUGUGCUGCUCAUUUGCCAAUGUAAGAAACUUCAGUUAAUCAUUUUUUGACAAUCUUUUUCCCACUUUGUCAAGAGGAUGAAUUUUUUUAUCUUUUUAUUUUCGAAGGGUCAGUCCUCAAGAUUAACUGAGCAUAGAUUUUGGGAACCUACUGUAGAUUCUUUCUCUCUCUCUCUCUCUCUCUCUCUCUCUCUCUCUCUCUCUCUCUCUCUCUCUCUCUCUCUCUCUCUCUCUCUCUCAUCAGUUCAUGAAGUGGUUUCCAGAUAAAAUGUACAGUGUACCUGAUUCUCCAUAAAACUUUCUUGUUCUGAAUUACUGUUUUAAAAGGGUGCAGCCUCUCUCUCUCUCUCUCUCUCUCUCUCUCUCUCUCUCUCUCUCUCUCUCUCUCUCUCACACACACACACACACACAUCCAAGCAUAUUCAAAUUGAACAUUCAGUCCUUGUAAUUUUUGAGAGAAAAAAAUGUAAGUAGGAGUGGUUAGAGCGAUAUGUGUUCGGUAGAUUAUAUAAUUAUGAUAUUGAUGAGCAGAUUUCACUAAAGUUAUUAAGUACAAGAGAAUAUUAUUUACAAAAAAACUGAAUUUAACUAUGUACAACUUUCGACAGACCCUAGGAGUCAAGAAUUAGUAGUAGUGGUUGCAGUGAGACAAAAAAAAAAAAACUUGCAUAAGAGUGUAUAGGAGCUAACAGAAGUUACAUUAUGAGUAUCAUUUAAUAGAAGAGUUAAAAGAUAUCUAAUUCUAUAAGGAUGAUGAUUAGGGUUUCCAAAGAAGUGGGGCUUAUGGGUUAUCAAAAACUAGAAAUGAAUAUGUAAGAGUAGCAGUUUCAUUGUAGGGUGGCAAUUCAGCGUUACCGCUUUUGUGAUGUGCUAAGUUUCUAAUGAUAGAUCAUGCCUAGUUGGAUCCAUAGAAAUUUAAUGCUGUUUGUAGGAGGUGAUAUUGCUUAGAGAAUGACUGUAAAUGGACUGGACUACUUAAUAGGAUGAGUCGGGUAAGGAAUGGGAUACAGUUCUGUUAGUGAAUAUUCAUUUAUUUGGACCAGAAACUGAAUUUAGAUAUUCCAACUCCACUUUUUCCUUUGUUCAUACAAUGCAGUAGAAUUCAUAUUUUGUAUUUCCUGUUUGAUAAGUUUGAUGCAUGAAGAUAAGACAACACUGAACAGACUGAAAUUCGCUUUAAGACACAGCAUUCAGGUACAAAAUGUAAAGUGUGUCUCUGACUCAACUUUGAAAGCCACUGUCAGAUUUUGUUUGUCACAGAACAUUGUCUUCCAAUCACAUAAUAGUAUUACUGAUGCAGUUGGGCAGCUGGCUUUAGUCUUAUUUCUUAUAGAGAUCAGUAUAUGUGCAGAAGUAAACCUCCAUUUCAUCUUUGAGGUAUCAUUUGACAUUGCCUUUGUUGACAACAAAAGUCUAAUUUAGGCAAGUAUUUUUUUUCAUUGUUGAUGAUAAAAAUACCUGCCUACAUUAGGGUAACAAAAUUGUUGACAAGUAAAGUUUGUCACAUGCUCUAAUUUAGGCAAGUAUUUUCAUUAUUGUUGAAAGAAGGACAUUCACUUGAAGCAGACUUUUAAAAAGGCUUAUUAUGUGUACUUCUGAGUGAGUUCAUAGUUUUUUAUACUAUACCCUUUUAACUAUAUAGCAUUCUUUGCAGCUUGUGAACUGCAUUGCUGUUCUGUCAUUUUUUUUAUUUACCGUAGGAAUUCAGUAUGUAAUGAUGUAAAAAGCACAAAAAACAAAAAUCAAGGCUUCUGUCACUGUAGUGUCCCUUCUUUGGUACUGUAUAAUGCCCCUCUGAAGAUAUACACGGUAGUCUUAUUCCCAUUUUAGGAUCUGAUUUAGGUGAACAAUUUUUGAGAAGGCAUUACAGUAUAGUUCACUGUUACCCGCAGAGAUAUAAAGGCAAGGCAUUUUAGUCAAGUGGUUAUAAAUGGAGGGAAAUGUUCUGUGACUGGAAAUUGUAUUGGUUGUUAGUGUUAUAAAUGUUUUGUAACAAAAAAAAUGGAUUUUGUGUAAAGGUUUGAUGUAGACAUCUGGAGAAACUGGCUGCAUUUUUUGAAAGGGUAGUGGUGAAGUAUAGAAUAUAAAGGUGGUAAAGUAAAAUGAAAUUAUAAAAUCAGAAUCUCCUGUUAAACUACAGUAAAAGAUUUGUAAGAUGUCAAUGGUGCUGAUAGUUAUUAAGAUGUCAGUAGAGUUGGAAUGGACAUUUAUAUAUAGCAUUCUCUUCAGCAGAGAGGAAAAGGUAAUUUUGAAUAAUGUUUUAGAUAAAGAGUAAGCAAAUUGUUUUCAGACAGUCAAAAUGUAAUAUCAAGACUCCAGGGAUCAGUUCUCAGACAGCCAAAAUGUAAUAUCAAGGCUCUUAGAUCAGUAUUUUUCUUUUCCUAACUGGGCAUAAUGUCAGAUUAGAUAAACAAAUUCUCUUUGCAUCCUAGUAAUCCAAAUGGUCAGUCACAAUGACCAAAGAUGACAUUUGUAUACCACCGAGAAAACCUCUGCACAUUGGCAUUUGACAGUUAGCUUAAUGGAUUUAAGAGUCACUACAAGAAUAGCUGAAUCUCGUUUUUGUAAAUUGUGUGGACAAAACAGUGUUAAUAAAGCUAAGUACUCUGUAUUUAAGAAAGCCAUAUAUGUACUAUAUAUAUCUAGAUAUAUAAGAUAUACUCUUUCAUUGCUCGAUGGAGUGGUGCUUUAGCCUGACCAAUCUCAGACUCCAGGUGUGAAUUCUCCAUAUGUCAGUAUCAAAACAAGAUAUAAUACAAAUGUAUGUUAGAGGUGAAUUAAUGUACAAUCUUUGUAAGAUUUAAAAACCAUCAUUCAUUUUGAACCAGUGACUGAUGAAUUAUCAAAAUAUAUACGAUAUCUAAACUUUACUGUCGUCUGCAAUUUAGUUUCUGUCGCUAAAGAGAUACUUUUGAAUCUCAAAAUCAGUGAUGGUUUGCAAAUGACGUCGUCCAGUGUAAUUGCAAGUCAUUAGAUGUGAUCUAGUGAUGCGGAAUAGAUCAGUGCACUGUCUCUCUGAUUUGAUCCUUCAUUAUUAUUCUGCUGAGCGUCUUUUGGCCUCUCCUUGCCACCCCAUGGACCACGAUGGGUUUUAACUCGCACCCUGCUUUUUUAUUAUUUUCCUUUGUACCGUCUACUAUCCAAAUGCUGUAGUACUCUCAGACUGCCAUCAUAUUACCAUAGAAAAGUAAUUUACAGUACAGUAGUUGUCAUUACUGAUAAAAUAUUGAAAAUAUGUUUGAUAAUAUUUGUCUCACUAUGUUUUAGAGUUCAGAUUUUUGAGAGCUGGUGUUAUCAGUUGCAAUUGGGAAGGCAUAAUUGCCAGGAUUGCUCGUUUUGUUGAAUUUCACUUGGUAAACUCUCACAUUUUCUCUUAGGUAUAUUUCCCUUCUGCUUCGUUGAGGACUGCUGUUUCGUUUGUGAUAAGGCCACUUAGUUUUCCCAUCCAUUUUUUAUUCAUCCUGUUUGGACUUGAUUAAAAAUGAGGACUCUGAAUUUGAUACAUAUUAUUAUUAUCAUUGUUGAUUUUACUUUGGUAUCAUCAACAACAGUAUUUUUCAAGGUUGAGCAAUAAGGUUAUAUAGGUUAUAAGAUUCACUAUGGAGUGCUGAACUAAUUGAGUUUUACUGCAUAAAAGUUCAUGAAACCACAGUGAGGAACACCCCCCCCCCCCCCCCCUUUUUUUUAAAUAAAAUUAUCAGUAAAUUAAAAUACUGGGUGGCAUUGACAUAUGUUACCUGUUUAUCAGUCCCUUCUCUCCAAAUUCAUAUUCAGAUUACUAGCAAGAUUAAAGAGGUUGGAAGCUAAAGUUCCCCAUGCUUUUGCAACCUGUGCGAACAGUAGUUAUGAUUUCAUUUCAGAAUGAGGAUUUCCCCAGAAAUAAUGUUGUGGUACAGUAUUUAAUCACACCAUUAUAAUAUAGUGUAUAUUCAAAGAGUAAAAGGUUUGUAACAUGGUUAUGAUUGAUAUUACAGUAGGUCUUUAGUAGUAACAAUCCAUUUUCAGUAUGGCAUGGUGGAGUAAAUACUGUACAUAUUUAUGAUAUUGCUCAAGAUUGUGAUACGGUCCACUUUUUAGAAUGACAUGAAACUGAUGUAGCAUAAUAGGAUAUAUUAUCAAGUCAUUUCCAUAUUGAUGAGUUCAGUGUGCUAAAUCAAGUCCUUAAUAAUAGAAAGAAUAUACAUACUAUACUCUAAAGUAAUCAUUUGUCAAACAAGAUCAUUCAGUUUGCAGUAUGUAUACUGUCUUCAUACUUACAUUAUGGACAUAUUCAGGGAACUGUAGAAGGGGGGUGGGGUUGUUAGCAGGGUGAUUACAAUUUUCAACCUGUCAAAUUGAUAGAAUACAAUCAGGUAGUUUAAUCACAGUUUCAGUCAAUUGUUAGUCCAGGCCCAAAACACUAAGCUAUGUAGCAGAAACAAUGCCAUAAACAUUCCAAGUAUUUUGGUUGUCAGUGCUCCGAGUUUUUGUACAUUUUGGGUCAUUCGGUUAUUUAGGAAGUUAAUGGUUACAAGGAAAAUGUUAGACAAAGAUGUUUUGGAUUUGUUAUUACACCAGCUAAAGUUGCAUUAUACCUGGAGUAGAUUUGUUAUAGUAAGGACCAGUAUAUUAAUGUUAAUGAAAAAGGCUAAAAACAUGCAUAAAGACAACCUUAUUGCUCACAGAAUUUUUUUUUCUGUCAGAGACUAAGAAAGCAUUACUUGAAUUACAGUGACUUCUUGAUAAGGCUAUUGACAGUAGUUCUAAGGGUGGGUAACAGGUGUCACACCUUGCCAGGAUCUGAAAAAAAUAAAAACUCCGAAAAGUAGGACCAAACAAUUUGUAACCAUAAUACACUGAAUCAGCUCUCAGGUUUUUAAGAGAUUAUUAUCUGUACACUUACAUAGCAGUUUAUCAGCUUGAUUUCCCCACCCACUGUUGCACAUUAAUUUACUUUUAUAUUUAUUUAAGAGUAAUUUCUGCGAAUGCAAAAGUAGAUAACAAAAAGUCAAUAGAGAUGCUUGUGCACUCUGGUAUGAGAACCUUUUAAUUCAUUAUGUACACAAUAAGCUUUCUUCCUAUGAGUUAUCUUGAAGUUAUGCCUUUGUAAUUAUGUACUACACUACUGUCAAUCUGUUAGGUGUCUGAAAUAACCUACAGUCAGCAGAAUGUUUCGUAAUUUUUUUCUUUGAAAAUCUAUUUUAUGAAACGUAAAAAAAAAAAGUGACAUUUACUAUGAAACUAAUGACUUCAAUUAAACUUACAAAUAAAGGCUAUGCAAAGCACUCCAUGUCACUGCCACAUAAAAUAGAUUCUUUCAUUUUAACGAGUGAAUAUACCAUAUCUUGAUAAAAUGGAAGGAAGAACUAGUAUAUAAAAGAGAAUGAGUGGAUUGUAAGUAAAUUACUCUCGGAUGUUUGCUGAUAAACAUGUUCAAAUGCCUCUCACCAAAAUGUAUUAUUUGUAUAUAUAUGAAAGGCUCCAAAGAAGCUGUCAUUAUUAACAUUGUUAAAAGUGUGCUGGAUUGGUCCAAGGGUGGUAGGGUGAGCAGAGACAGAAACCCCAACAUGUGAUAUAUGUAUCCUCGCCUUCAAGGGGCUUUUUCUUAAAAAGCCUUAACCAAAAUAUAGCAUUCCUGUUUAA